AUGGCAGUCGAGUACAAACUUCCAUACGAGCUAACCGGGAACGAUUUGGUUACGGGGUUAGUGUCCGAGAUCCAGCUGGAGCGAGACGUGAUCAACAGAGGAGACGACAACCUCGUGUUCCCAGCGAAGGCACUCGCUGCCGCUGCCAUCACCCAACUUUUCCCCCAUUUGGUCAGGAUGGGUGUUCAGUAUGGGUACAUUUGUACGGGACAGGCAUUCGUCUUUCUUUACAUCCCAGACGAUCCUACGAGUGUGCGCUAUCACGUAUGUGUGCCGAAUCUGGACAUUAUCGAGGAUAACGAGAACAGGCUUCACCGUACCGCUUUCGUGCAAGUCCUGGCCUUUACCCUCCGGGCCCUUCGUGUACCACUGCCUCCACAAUCCUGGAAUGAUACUGCUUCAAGACUCGGUAGGUGGGUUGUGGAGUUCAAGGACAUGCUGGCCAGAUUUUCGAACGCAGCCGCCCGCAGGCCACCUUCCGCUUCCCCUCAGCUUGCUGAAGACCGUGGACCGGAUGCGGGCGCCAUGCCGCUCUACCGAUCCGAGGGUUAUAGGUCGCUCUUCAAGUUCCGACUGUCUGCCUAUGGGUAUACCCUCCUUGCCAAGGGAGUAGAGGCUGAGGCAGGGUUUUACGGUGGCAAGCCCUUCGACCUAAACACCACAUCUGGACAAGUCUUGAUUAGGACUUUGGAGGAGCAACGGAAUCAUUUUGCUGAGAGCGAGCUACAAUCCGCCGUAGCGAACCUCUCAGAGCUCCUUGGUGAUGAACAGGCCAAUUAA